UCAGUAUGCCUACGCACAAGUCCAGCUGUCAUGUGUUUACCUCUGAUUUCAGGAAAACCCAACAGGAAUGAAUUAAACGGACGAGUGUAGAUGCAUCCCAGCUGAGCCAAGAGAUUGUGCUUUUCCUUCAGCGUUUUUCUGAGGAGUUUAUAUCAUCAGGCUCUUCGUGUGGACUUACUGCUCAUAAAGCCCAUGACGCUUUGCAGCAGACCUUCAUGCUGAUGGCUGAAAAAUGGAUGGUGUGCUGCUCAUCCAUCAAACAAACACGCACCUUCACAGACACCUUUUGUACAAACCAACACAGCAAUGGAACUGAAUGAAUACAUCAGCAACUGAACACGAUUGUUAGCACAGCAAUGUGACAGAAGGAUUGGUAGAGCUGCAGCCCCGCCCUUGGUUCUGUCCCAGAAUGCUGAGCCCGGUUCUCUGUUCCGAUCUCGCAGCCUUGGAGCCAGAGUACACAGAGGCGGAUGUCAUCUCUACGGUGGAGUUCAACCAGACCGGAGAGUUCUUGGCCACGGGUGAUAAGGGUGGGAGAGUUGUCAUCUUUCAGAGAGAACCACAGGGCGAAUAUAAUGUUUAUAGUACAUUUCAGAGUCAUGAGCCUGAGUUUGAUUACCUGAAAAGUUUAGAGAUUGAGGAGAGAAUCAAUAAGAUUCGCUGGCUGCCUCUGCAUAACCCCGCCCACUUCCUCCUCGCCACCAAUGACAAGACCAUAAAGCUGUGGAAGGUGAGUGAGAGAGAUAAGCGAGCAGAAGGCUAUAAUCUGAGAGAUGAGGAGGGCAGACUGAAGGACCUCUCUACAGUCACCACUCUACAGGUCCCAGUCCUGCGGCCGAUGGAUCUCCUGGUGGAGGCGUCCCCACGGCGUGUUUUUGCUAACGCACAUGCAUAUCACAUCAACUCCAUCAGUGUCAACAGUGACUGUGAGACGUACCUGUCCGCCGACGACCUGAGAAUUAACCUGUGGAAUCUCAACAUCACUGACCGCAGCUUCAAUAUUGUGGAUUUGAAGCCAGAAAACAUGGAGGACCUCAGUGAGGUGAUCACGGUGGCCGAGUUUCACCCUCACCACUGCCACCUGCUGGCCUUCAGCAGCAGCACAGGAACCACACGCCUCUGCGACAUGAGAGCCAGCGCACUCUGUGACCAACAUGCCAAACUGUUUGAAGAAGCAGCGGAUCCAUCCCACCGAUCGUUCUUCUCCGAGAUCGUUUCCUCAGUGUCAGAUGUGAAGUUCAGUCAUAGCGGCCGCUACCUGCUCACUAGAGAUUACCUCACCGUUAAAGUCUGGGACCUCAACAUGGAAAAUAAACCAGUGGAGACAUACCAGGUCCACGACUACUUGCGAACCAAAUUGUGCUCUUUGUAUGAAAGCGAUUGUAUUUUUGACAAGUUUGAAUGUGCCUGGAACGGAACAGACAGCGUGAUCAUGACAGGCGCUUACAACAACUACUUCCGAAUGUUCGACCGGGCGAGUCUGCGUGACGUGACUCUGGAGGCCAGUCGGGAGGUGUGCAAGCGGCGGGCGGUCCUGCAGCCGCGGCGUGUGUGCGUGGGCAAGAAACAGAAAGAGACGGACGUCAGCGUGGACAGUCUGGACUUCAGGAAGAAAAUCCUCCAUACCGCCUGGCAUCCCAAAGAGAACAUCAUCGCCAUCGCAGCCAGCAACAACCUGUACAUUUUUCAGGACAGACUGACGCCCAACGGACAUCACAACACGCCGGAAAUACAGAGCGCGCCUCCCAAGUGGCAGACGCAACCAAACCCUCCCACAUACUAAAUUCAGUUCAUUUCAUGCCCUUUAUGAUCACAUUUCCCAUCUGGAUUCAGUGUCGCCAGCAUCACAACAAUCUCAUGAACUGUUAUGAACAUAUAUAACCCCCAAAAUUGAAUAAUAGGACCUAUAACCGUGGUCCGAAUGAGAAUGUAUCGCUCAGAUUCUAGCGCAUGGCAUGCAGUAUGAACACUCGGGUUAGAUAAUGUUAAGCGACCCUGACACAUUCAGAUCACACAUGCAUGUUUACAAAGCUGUUGAACAGGAUUUAUUUAACAAUGACGAUUGUAAACGAAUCAGACGCUUUAUAACGCUCUGCAGUGCUUGUGUAGAAUUUAGUGUCCGUUCGUUCGUUUUCCUUGGUUUGACAAACCGCUCAGGGACUCUCUAAGGCCUCUUCUUAUGUUCAAUGGCAAAACGCACCAAAACGAAAUCCAGAACAAGCAGAGGACAGGAUGCAGGAAUUAUGGAGGUCUGCUGAGAGACAUUGCUGGAAGGAAAACCGCAUGUGCAGGGAUCAGUUUCAUCACUACCCCCACCUCAAUGUGUAAAGAACAUUCCCAGUUCAACGCUUCUGACCACGUACUUACAGGCGCUUGCUAGCUAGUGCACUGGUUUGAUGAUUUUAUCUUGUGUGUUAAAGUAGAUCAAGCUAAAGUGAAAAAAGAAUUUCCCACCCUCAUGUAAUUCCGAAAUCUAUUGUGGAACACAGAAAGAGAAAUUUAGCGGAAUGUUCAUGCUGCUCUUUUCCACACAAUGAAAACAUAUAGUAUCUUCAGUAUAUAACAGUUAUGAGACAGGCAAGGUGUAAUGUAGUUUGCCGUUGAUGAUGUGCGAGUAUUCGUGAGAUUUUAAUGCUAUAGUGGAAGGAGAACAUUUUCUGUGAACUUAAACUUGCAUCGGAAGUCACGACAGAUCCUUUUACCAUAUUGUGAUGUACGUUGGUGUGAAACGGAUUAUCAAACAAAAUAUAGGGCGGGAAUUGUUUCUGUGCACUUGAUGGUGGCAGAUCUCGAAGUGUUUCAAAUUUCAUCCAAAAUGAUAAUUCUACUUUUAUAAAUCCAUGUUAUGGUUACUCACUACACCAAAAAAUUGGCAACCUACAAUUUCUACAAUAUUUUCUAAUUGAUU